UCAUUACACAACUUCUGUUGAAACACAAGCUACAAUUUUGGUAAAUGAAGCCCUCUGUGCUACGUUUGUCACUGCUUGUUUUCGUUCCUCUGCUUCUAUCCCUCUUGUAUGUUGCACUCAUGCCAAAGAAGGAAACUGCUAUGAAAACCUAUGAGGUCUUUGGAGUGAAGAUAGAGAAGAACCCACCUCAGUCCAAGCUCAAUGAGCUUGGAGUCUCAACUUGGUCCAAGUGGGAAGGUGGUCCAGCCAAAAUUCCAUGGUCCUUUAAAGAAGAAGAGACUAUGUAUCUGCUGGAGGGAAAAGUGAGGGUUACUGUUGAAGGGUCUGUUGGGUCUUUUGAAAUUGGGGGUGGUGAUUUAGUUGUCUUCCCAAAAGGAAUGAACAUUACUUGGGAAGUGAUUGAAGCUGUGAAGAAGCACUACAGCUUGAAAAAAUAAUGAUGUGUACUUAUAAGCCUUUUCUGUUGUUGUGGCCUAAUGAUGCCAUGUAUGAACAUGAUCAAGUAAUUACUACUCACUAUAGCAGGAUAUACCAAAGCCUUUCACUUCCAUUAGAUUGUACCUUUGACAAUGAUCCUAUUGGAAUUAAUCUCUGAUCAUUAUGUUUAAGAUGAUUGUGGAGGGAGCAA